UACACUCUCCCACGAACGCACUGAAGACUAAAGACAACACAGGCAUGGCUAAUGUCUUGUUGUCAAGUGUAAGAAAAUGUGGGCUUUUGUGGUCCAUUUUUCGGAGGUAACAAAAAUAAUUCUAAUUUAACAACAAACCUCUUUGGACCCUUAAAGUCCAAAAAUAAAAAAUCUUCUUUCCCCUCUCUCUCUCAAAACUUUCAAGUCUGUCUCACCCAACCAAACUAACCCUUAUCUCGUGAAAGGAAGGAGGUCUGUUUACCCCCAAUUUUAGGUCCAAUUAGGGUUUCGGGUCUGGCUUUCAAGCCCAUAUCAAGAUCUCUCUGCAAAACCCUAGAUCGUGCCUGAGACCCAUCGGAGCUCUGUUCCUGGGCUUCUUUUAAGCUUAAAGAUCGCAUCUUUCCCUCGUUUCCACCGUCACUUUCUGAGACCAGAUGGCAACCCCUGAAGAGAAUAAUCAGCUGGUGAUUGCUCCUGAAUCUACUCCAGAAACACAGCCUAAUAAGCGGAGGAAGAAGAAGUCCAUAGUCUGGGAACAUUUCACGAUAGAAAAUGUAAGCCCUGGAUGUAGAAGGGCGAGCUGUAACCAGUGCAAGCAAAGUUUUGCAUACAGCACGGGAUCUAAAGUAGCUGGUACCAGCCAUCUCAAACGUCAUAUUGCCAAAGGAACUUGCCCAGCACUGCUACGCAAUCAAUCGCCAUUUACCCCUGGGAUGAAUGGAAAUGGCAGCAUGUCCGAUCCACCUAAACGUCGCUACAGGUCCCCGAGCUCUGCCUACAUUUCCUUCGAUUCAGACCGUUGCCGCCAUGAAAUUGCCAGAAUGAUGAUAAUGCAUGACUACCCUCUUCACAUGGUAGAACAUUCUGGAUUCCUAGCCUUUGUCCAGAAUCUUCAACCCAGGUUUGACAUGGUGAGCUUCAAUACCGUCCAAGGGGAUUGUGUCGCCACUUACUUGAGAGAAAAGCAAAACAUUAUGAAGUUUGUUGAGGGCAUGCCUGGGCGUGUCUGCCUUACAUUAGACAUGUGGACUUCUAGCCAAAGCUUGGGUUAUGUGUUUAUAACAGGACACUUUAUUGAUAGUGACUGGAAGCCUCAGAGUAGGAUUCUCAAUGUUGUGAUGGAGCCAUAUCCUGAUUCAGACAUGGCAAUCAGCCAUGCUGUUGCUUGUUGUCUUUCUGAUUGGAGUUUGGAAGGCAAACUAUUUUCUAUCACUUUCAAUCAUCCAGUGGGUGAACCUGGGCGUGAAAACCUCAGAUCUCUUCUCUGUGUCAAAGAUCCCCUUAUCAUCAAUGGUCAGUUAAUGAUUGGGAACUGCAGUGCUCGCAUUCUAAGUAGCAUUGCAAAAGAUGUCCUAUGGGCAGGACGAGAGAUCAUCAAGAAAAUCCGUGACAGCAUAAAGUAUGUGAAGACUUCAGAAUCUCAUGAGGAAAAGUUCCUUGAGCUCAAGCAACAGCUUCAAGUCCCCAGUGAAAAAAGCCUAUCCCUUGACAAUAGAACUCAAUGGAACUCAACUUUUCAGAUGUUGGUCGCUGCUUCCGAGUUAAAGGAAGUAUUUUCUUGCUUGGAUACUUCUGAUCCUGAUUACAAAGAAGCCCCUUCCAUGGAAGACUGGAAGCAGAUUGAGAUUAUAUGCACAUACUUGAAACCUCUCUUUGAUGCAGCCAAUGUCCUUACGUCCAGAAAUAAUGCGACUCCAAUAACAUUCUUUCAUGAACUAUGGAAGAUUCAUGAGCUGUCUCGUGCAGUAGCAAGUGAGGAUCCCUUUAUCAGCAGUCUUGCUAAACUAAUGCGAGAGAAGAUUGACAAAUAUCUUAAAGAUUGCAGCCUUGCUUUGGCAAUUGCAGUAGUCAUGGAUCCUCGGUUUAAGAUGAAGUUGGUUCAGUUCCGUUUUUCAAAAAUCUUUGGUGACGAAGCUCCUUUGUAUGUUAAGAUUGUUGAUGAUGGCCUCCAUGAGCUGUUUCUUGAAUAUGUUGCGCUUCCUCUACCCCUUACUCCAACUUAUGCUGAAGAUGGAAAUUUUGAGAACAUGAAGACAGAAGAUAACCAGGGAACUCUCCUUUCAGACCAUGGACUUACAGAUUUUGAUAUGUAUAUCAUGGAGACUACUAGCCAAAAUACGAGGUCAGAGCUGGAUCAGUAUUUGGAGGAGUCUUUAUUGCCUCGCUUGCAAGAGUUGGAUUUGUUGGACUGGUGGAAAAUGAACAAGCUCAAGUAUCCGACCCUUUCAAAACUGGCCCGUGAUAUUUUGACCAUCCAGGUAUCUACUGCUGAUCCUGACUCUGUAUUCGAUACCGAGAUCAAAGAGCUGGAUUCAUACCGGAGUUCUUUGAGACCUGAGACAGUGGAAGCCCUUGUGUGUGCUAAGGACUGGCUUCAGUAUGGGUCUGCUGCACCUGCUGAAAUUUCAAAUGCGAUUGUCAAAGUAGGGUCUUAGAUCUAGUGUAUGCAUGUGUAUGAUUGUAGGUUUAUGUUAGAUGCUGCUAGUUUUCUCAUUCACAUUAGGCUACUAUGUGUAAUUUAUGUAUCAUUGAAGAUGAUUAUCUGGAUUGCCUGGACGUGAUAACUUAAAUUUCUUGAGUAGAUUUUCGGGAAGUUUACUUUU